UCCAUGGAAGUAAGACCUCAAGAGUCAAUUCUCGAAACAAAACAAAAAAUACAAAACCUCCUAGGAGUACCAGUGGCUUCACAAACUCUCUCAAUAUUAGGGUUCGACUUAUUGGAUGGACUCGACAUGCAAGAUUAUUCAAUAAUUACUCAAGGUACAAAAAUCCAACUAACCAUCCAAAAUAAUACUACUAUUGGAGAAACAUCCUUACAGCAAAAUAUUUCUUCAAAAUUCCAAAUUAUUGUCAAAAUGUCAUCAAGAAAAUUAAACAUAGACAUCGACAGUACCGAAACUGUCCGAAGCCUAAAAGAAAAAAUUCACAUAAUUGAUGGAGCCCCGAUAAAGAGAAUGUCUCUUUGCUUCUCUGGAAAUGAAUUAAACGAUGAAUAUCGGAGUUUAAUCGAGUAUGGGGUUCAGGAAUUUUCAGAAAUUAUUGUGUUUUUAAAGACUAUGUCACGUAUGGUUACUGAUCCGCCUUCAAGAGGACUAAGCCUAGUAGUGCAAACUUCGUCUAGUUUGCUUAAUUCAGCAAAAAUUCCAGUGGAAAUGAGUGACUUGGGAACUGUUAAUGAUUUGAGACAACUAUUACUGGAUCGAAAAAUUCUGCCUAUGGAUGAAUAUAUUUUCAUUCACAAACAAAGGAUUAUGAGGGAUGGUUGUAGUCUUCGUUGGCAUGGUGUUGAAAAUGGGGAUUUCGUUUAUGUUUUUAAGGGGUCUGUUAGUAGGGAAGGAUGUUGA